UUGUCUUCUGUCAGUCAAACCGAUUGGUCACUGUACCCUCUCUUGCGGGAUAUCUUACCGCUGCUUGCUCCCGCCGCCGCUGUGGACGAGGUACCCGAAACUAGGGUUCCGGUAGUGAACGGCGCUGCGGGAAGUUUGAUCCGCAGGAGAGGUGACUGCUGAGGUGAUGACCUGAGAGCUUCCAGCUCAAGAUGGGGUGCGUUCUUGGUCGACAAGCUCCCUCGCUUGACUCUUCCCGCCGCCAUGUGGACAUGGAUGUGGUCGCGGCUUCUGGGCGUAAGUCACAGGUGGGUAUUCCGAAGGUGGAGGUUGUUGCCACAGAAGGCGGAGUUGCUGCGCAAGAGGAGUUGGCGCAGGAGAAGCCGGCUAGGCCCAGACGGCGAUCGAGGGCUGGCAGCAUUCCUGGUCAAGCAGUUGGAGAACAGGUGGCCGCCGGUUGGCCGCAAUGGCUUUCAGAGGUAGCUGGUGAGGCCAUCAAGGGCUGGACUCCUCGCCGCGCGGACAGCUUUGAGAAGCUCGCUAAGAUCGGGCAAGGUACUUACAGCAACGUGUACAAAGCGAGGGAUAGCGUGACUGGCAAAAUAGUUGCACUGAAGAAGGUUCGGUUUGAUAAUUUGGAGCCUGAGAGCGUGAAGUUCAUGGCGAGGGAAAUCCUAGUACUUCGCCGCUUAGAUCAUCCCAAUGUUGUGAAGUUAGAGGGAUUGGUCACCUCGAGAAUGUCAUGUAGUUUAUAUCUAGUGUUUGAGUACAUGGAGCAUGAUCUUGCUGGCCUUGCUGCCUGCACACCUGCGAAGUUCACGGAGCCUCAGGUGAAGUGCUAUGUGAAGCAAUUGCUAUCUGGGCUUGAACAUUGUCAUAGCAGGGGGGUGCUGCACAGGGAUAUCAAGGGUUCCAAUUUGCUUUUGGGUAACGACGGGAUACUUAAGAUCGCAGAUUUUGGAUUAGCGUCCUUCUUUGAUCCAAAUCGCAAGCAACCCAUGACUAGCAGAGUUGUCACUCUAUGGUAUCGGCCUCCUGAACUCCUUUUAGGGGCAACGGAUUAUGGUGUUGGUGUGGACCUCUGGAGUGCAGGUUGCAUUUUAGCAGAGUUAUUGGCUGGAAAACCCAUCAUGCCGGGACGAACUGAGGUGGAGCAAUUGCACAAGAUUUUUAGGCUUUGUGGAUCUCCUUCAGAGGAAUACUGGAAGAAGUCAAAGCUGCCACAUGCGACAAUAUUUAAACCACAACAUCCAUAUAAACGCUGUAUAAAAGAGACUUUUAAAGAUUUUCCUCCUGCAUCCUUUUCACUUAUUGAAACUCUUCUGGCAAUUGAACCAGCCGAACGUCAAACAGCUUCUGCUGCAUUAGACAGCGAAUUCUUUACAACUCCACCUUUUGCUUGUGAGCCUUCAAGUCUACCCCAGUAUCCUCCCAGCAAGGAGAUGGAUGCUAAACUAAGGGAUGAAGAAGCUAGAAGGUUAAAAGCUGGUGGUGGCAGGGCUAAUGGAGAUAGAACGAGGAAGCUGCACAAUCGUGACAGACCCUCUAGGGCAGUUCCUGCUCCAGAGGCUAACGCUGAGGUCCAAGCAAACCUUGAUAGACGGCGUUUGAUUACACAUGCGAAUGCGAAGAGCAAGAGCGAGAAAUUCCCUCCCCCUCAUCAGGACGGAGCGCUCGGCUAUCCCGUCGGAUCUCCAACUCACAUUGAUUCAACUUUUGACCCCCCAAAUGUUCCUUAUAGCUCAGUCUUCCCCUACCAGAAGGGCCAAUCAGUCUCCACAUGGUCUGGUCCACUAGUGAAAUCUGCAGCUCUAGACAAUCCCCGGAGAAAGAAACAAGGUACUAAUCGUUUAUCUUCGAAAAAUAUUUCUGGUUCUAAAGAAAUCCAGAAAGUUUAGAAUAAAGGAUUUACGGUUAGUUUAAAGUCCAAAUCUGUUGAUUUUGGGAAUAGAGGCAAUUAUAAAGAUCCUGUUGUCAUUCUUUUCUCUUUUUUUUGUUCCUUCCUUUUCUCCACUCUUCUGUUUUUUUAGACAAUUUGGCCGAAAUGGUGAUCUGAGGGAAGUAGGAAUUUCUUAAUUAUGUAAAUAUUUUUGUAUUU